AUGAGCCAGUUCACACUCUCAGAAGGUCGUUUAUUUGGUGCAUUCUACGAAACUUUGCUCUAUGGCAUCAAUAUAGUCCUACUGUUGACGCUGCUCUGUCUGUUCGCCCAACAGAAGAAACCAAGCAAAACCCAACGGGUGUGUACCAGUCUGGUUUUUGUCAUCUUUCUGCUCUGUACAAUACAUUUGGUCUCAGUCCUGCGCAGUAUCGAUGUUGCCUUCUUCCGGAGGAAGUCUGCCGAUCAAUACUUCAACAACCGCAGGAAAAUCACGAAUGUGCUUCAGAAUGCUGCGUAUGGUGUUGCGUUGAUUCUCUCAGACGGUUUGAUGAUUCAUCGACUCUAUGUCAUCUUUCAUCGGAGUUGGGCAGUCAUCAUCGCUCCUGGGAUAUCUUUGAUUGCCACGAUAGUAUCAUGGAUCGGAUUGAUAUACUCCUACCGAACGUCACCAACAGGCUCGACCCUCUAUAGCCCUCUCCUUGCGAAGUUCGCCCCAACUGCCUUCAUCCUCAGCUUCUUCACGAACGUCAUUAUCACGGUCAUGAUCUCUGUGCGACUCAUGCUGGCGAUACGUUCGAUAAGACACCUUGUACCGGAGACGGAGAGCUUCAAUCGACGCUUCCUGGCCUACACGGUCGAGUCCGGACUGCUGUAUCCUAUGUCUGUCUUCGUGACGGGUGUGCUGUACUUCAUGAGAGAUGAGGCGCUCGAGAUUCUCUCGGGAGCAAACAUGCAACUGCUUUGCAUGGUCCCGAUCAUGCUUUCCUUGCAGAUGCGCCUGAACCUCAGCAUCUACGACGCCGCCAAGGGAUUGCGGAGGAGCUCCCAUGAUUCAAUUACUGCCGUCGACGGCCCGCUACAGUUCCGGCCGAUGUCAGACGUCGGGCUUGCCUCAUUCGGUUCAACGUCGCAAGUGCUGGAAGGAGAGGCGGAGCUCACGCUUGCUUUCCCUCUGCGUGGUGUGGGAUCAGCGAAGGAUCAGGAAGCGAAGCAGCUAUCGCCAGAAUGGUGUCCUGCCCUACCGUUGGGAGAAGGAGAUAUCACCGAGGCUGUGGGAGAUCAUGCAGGUCGGAUGUCGAUGUUAGAGGCAUGA